GGCUCACAAGUUUCUUUUCAGUUCAUGGACUGGGAUCUUGCAUAUUUGAGAAAAUUGAAUCAGGUCAUCAUGCUGGGGUUUCCAAGAGUCACUAGGAUUUGAAUAAGUCUUCCUGGGACAUCCAAUGGCCUGUUGUAUCAUUCCAACCAUGAGACUCAUCUUUCAAGCAUGUUCAAUGAUCUUCACACUGAGCAAUCUGGUGCCUUCUCAGUCACAAUCUCCUGGUGGGAGAGAUGCCAUCAGCACCACAAUAAUCAAUUUCAAUAAUGAGAAGAUGCAGAUCACAUGGGCAGCAUCAGAACUAUUUCCCGGCAAGAAUGUGUCAUUUUCUUAUACAUUUGAUGAAGGCAAGAGCAAAGUUUGGAAGCCAUGUCCCACCUAUUUAGUGGAUCAAGAUUAUAAUUCUGGAUGUCUCUUUAAGACAGAAGGACCCACCCUUGCCAUCUCUAUCAGGAACAACAAUGGAAGUGAAGAGCUUUUUUCUAAAGCACUAAAAUCUGAUUUUUAUAUAAAGCCCAAUCGACCAGAAAAUGUGACUUUCUUCUGGAAAGCAGACACUGUUACUGUAAGCUGUAAUAAACCAGAGAGAGCUGUGAGGUGCUUGAUUCUUGAGCUUCAAUACAAAAGCAAGUUUGACAAAGACUGGCAAUCCAGAACUUCUAAGUGUUGCAGUGUUGGAGACCAAGGCUUUGAUCCAAGGAAAUGCUAUUCUUUUCGGGUCAGACUGAAGAGGCUAGUACCCUUCUGCAACGUAGUUAAUUACAGCAGUGACUGGGAAGCAGAAACAUUUUGGAGGAAUGGCAGAUUAUUAGAUUCAUGUGAUGAUGAUACAAAAUCUCACUCAAACACAGUAAUAGUUUUAAGUUGUUUGCUGGCAGUACUUCUAAUGAUGCUUAUCCUCUUGGUUCUUCUGUGUAAAUGGCAGAGGCUUCAGAAGUCAGUCAUGCCUACUAUACCAGAUCCAAAAUAUGUAUUUGCUGAUCUCUUCAAUGAUCAUAAUGGAAACUUUCAGGAAUGGAUAGACAAAAGUGAUCAUGCAGCGGUACAACCCAAGCUAGAAUAUGAAGAGCCAGAGUGCAUCAUUGAGGCAGAAAGCCAGCAAGAAGAUGAGAAGAAUAGUGACAAACAGGGGCCUCAAGAAAAGAUCUUCAGUUUUUCAAGAGCAGCUGAAAAUAAUGACCCCAAAGCAGCUCAGAUUGCCUGCAUGAUGCCAACAUCCAACACUAUAGCUUCUUUUGCUGGCUUCCGGGUUUUAAUGAAUGAUGACAUGUAUGUGAUGUUAUAAAGUCUGCAUAAUUACAUAAAAGAUCCUGAUGAGUUUAGGGGAGUGGCUGAAUAGAAAAGUUUGUCAUGAAGAGACUCACAUCAAGAAAGACACUCGGCUGUGUGAGCUAAUUUCAGAUCAGUUCUCUCCCAGCACAUAUGACCACUUGGGCAGACUCAGUGUUUGAAAUACCCACCUGAUAAUAAAUAGGGUUAGGAUUUGUUGCUUUGAUUGGGGUAUAUCUCUAAGACUAAACCGAGUCUCCUUUUCCUGCUACGAACAGGAGAGAACAAGAGCUCCUCCAUAAAAUACAUGUUCACAGAGCUGAGACUCAGUCCUUGAAGAGUGAAAAUGAAGGGAUUUUUCUGAUUAUGGUCUUUGUCUCACAAAGACCAGGCUAUAUAAUCCUAAUUUUCACAGUGCUAGGAUACUGCUUUGCGAUCCCUUUUUAAGGGUAGAAGAAUUGCUUUUGUAAGCUGCUUCUCCUAGUGUGAAACUUUUUACUGCAUGGCAAACAUCAAAGGUUUUAUAAAGAGAAAGAAUAAACCCCAUGUCUAAGAACAGAAGAGUGAGGAUGUACAGUAUUGAGUCACUUUUUAUCCUGCAGGUAAUGCUGUGUAGGCAGCUUCCUCCAGAAGAGCAGGGACCAUGGGUCUCCUCUGAGGUCAGGUCCGCAGUAUCUUAUAGGCUUUGUAUGAGUAAGCAGCUUCUUCUGGAAAGCUGAGGUCCAUUUUGAACAAUAUUUAUGUUUAACUCAGUUGCAUUUAUUUCAAACUGGUUUUAGUGCAAUCAGCAGCUGACCCAAAUUAGGAUUUCUUAUUCAUACUGCAUAGACCAGUCUCUUGUUCUCAAACGAUGUUCUAAUGUUUUCAAAACAUAUCAUCUUCUAAAGUAUGUCUUAUUUUAAAUUUAAUAUGCAAUAUACUAUGGAAUUAUAUCUCAGAAAUAAAAUAUUGACUAGCCUGUGAGCUUCCCUGUAUCACUUAGGUUAUUUUCUAUUUGAAGGCAAAUUUUGUAAAAAAGGUUAAGUGCCAGAAACAUCUAUGAUAUGGGUAAAGUCUUGUAGAUAUACAAGACUUUAUGUUGAAUGUAUGUUAUUAUAUGUUGAAUUAACCUCAGUUAUUUACCUGGAUAUCAGUCAAUCAUUAAAUGCCUUAAUCAGUUGACUAAGCUUUGUCAUUCUGUACUUUCAUUGACUAAUUUAUAGUGUAACUUGGAAAUGGCAUGUAUCAAAAAAUUGCAAUUAUUAGUAAAAUAACUUUAAUUCAAUGUUUAAAAAAAUUCAACUCCAGAUCUCAUUGGGAACAGUAAAUGUAAUAUGAAUCAUUAGGUCUCAAAAUCUUUUUCUAAGUGACCCAGUUUGCUGUACAAGGAAAAAUCCAGAAAUUUUCUGGCCCGUGACUGGGAAACUUAACUGGAAGUUCAGCCACAUUUUCCAAGUUUUUCUUGACCUUACAUCAGAUUUGAUUGUUCUUUCACAAGAUUAACAUGCUAAGAAAAAAUUUCCUAUAAUCUUGAAGAAAUUUCUGCCUUUUUCUAUCUAAAAUAGAUGUGUGCAAGUUUUGGGGGGCCUUUUGUACAUCCCAUAUGUCUGGAAUUUUUUUAUAAAGGUAACCAUGAAAGUUUCAAUAACACUGUAAUGUAGUGGAUUUUAAACUAAUGCAAGCUGCGUGUAAUUUCAUGAGCAGAAUCUAGCUUAGGUCUUCUCAGCUGAUAUAAAUCGCCAUUAUUACAUGAGAACCAAAGAAGUUACAGUGGCUUACAAUACAUAAGAAGCUGUUCCAGUAAUGAUUCAAACAAUACAGUGGGAACUGAAUCUCAGAACAUAUUGCUUAGUUACUUCAUGUUUGAACCACUCAUUUAUAUAGUAGUCUACAGAGCUAGACAGAUACCUUAAUUAAACCACCUUCUGUUGAGAAAAUACUUUUCUGUCUGAAUUCAAAAUCUUUUUGUAUAUUUUCAUGAAAUGCUACUGGGGGUGGGGGGAAAGAAGAAAAUCAUGUUGAAGUGUACUAUUUAAGCAGUGUUCCUGAACUGAAAUGUUGUAGUCCUUUAAGUUCUUAGUGCAAAGUACAAUAUCUUGUGUGAUAUUUUAUAGACAUGAAGGUUCUUUUUGUGUAUGUAUACAACUAUAUUCACAUUGUUUAUAAAAAACUAGAAAUAA